GACCGCGCCUCUCCUCUGAUGGCCAUCGCAUCUCCCCCACGCCCUCCCUGGCUCGCGAUCCCCUCCUUGCUCCUCUCUGCCAUCCACUUGCUGUGUGGCGGUUGGUGGUAGGGGCAGCCCUUGUCUCGUGGGAGGUGGGCACAUAGAGGCAGUAGGGGACGGGUCUCUAUGGCUCCAUUCGUGGAUGCUCCAUGUUUGUUAAUUUCUGGAUCAACUAUUUAGAUCUGACUCUCAAAAGGAUGCGGUUCAGCCUGCUGCAAUAUGGUAUUUUUGGAAGGUCUGAUACAACAGCAAGUGGAGAUUCUCCCAGAGAAUGGAUACUUGAGAUUUCUCUGUUCUUUUUGUUAGGAUACAUGAUCAGGUUACGAUCGGUUUGGCAGCAUAUGUUUAUGUUAACAAAAUGGAUACUUCUUGUCAUGCCGAUGAAUUGUCAUGUGAGGCUGAAGUUGCAGAGGAUAAAUAGGGGACACGAUUUUUAUCCAGCAUUCAACAACCUCCAGGUAUUGGCAGCGGCUGCUAUUUUUUGGUAUGCAUUUCACCUCAGAGGGAAAAAUCUGUGGGGGUAGAGGGCUAUAACAUUUCACAAGUAUUGCAAUGGCACUUAACGAGUUUGUUCUGGUUAGUAGUUUCAAGCUUGUCAGUGUACUUUUUAUUCCGAAUUUGUGAGAUUGAUUCCCUGCCAAAUCUUAUUACGACAUCCAGUGUGUCCAUAAAGAUUUCUUUACCACAUCCAUCAAGCAUUCUAAAACCAUGAGGGAGGAUGCACCAUUUCUCCUUAUUUUGAUAUGUUGACACUUUUCAAUCACCUUCAUGCUUCAGUAGUAAUCUGACAGUGUCUUCAGUAGCACUGUAGUGGUCUGCACUUUCUUAACAGAAUUGAUUUUUUAUGAACCGGGCAGUUGAUGAUGGCAUCGUGCCACUUGAACAUUGUUAAAUCCUUACGGAUCUACAAAUAAUAAUGCUCCUACUGUUUUCUGAUUGUACUUCCUUUCCUACGAAUUCUAGAAGAUUGCUGCAAAUUGGUUGUGAAAGCCAAACUGCUAGGUUGCUCUCAUCCUAUAUUUGAAUUCUGGAUAUAUACA